AUGACACCCAUGAACUGCUCUCUUCAUAACAACUUGGUUGAGAUCUCUAUAGCCACCCUGCUGAUUCUGGAAUUUGCAUUGGGACUGCUGGGCAAUGCACUUGCCUUGUGGUCUCUUACUUCUCACUUAAAGGUGUGGAAACCAUAUGUGGUCUACUUGCUCAACCUGGUCAUUGCAGACCUUUUGUUGUCUGUGUGCCUGCCAUUCCAAAUCACUUUCUAUCUCAUGCACAAGAAAUGGGAGCUGGGACAGACAGCUUGCUGCAUCCUGACCUUCCUGCUGAACCUCAGUAGGACCAGUGGCAUUGCUUUCCUCACUGCAGUGGCUUUAGAUCGCUACUUCAGGGUGGUCCACCCUCGUUUCAAGAUCAACAGCUUCUCAAAGCAGGUGGCCAAGAUCAUCUCUGCUUUAGUCUGGUUUCUGAUGGUGGGACUGGUUCUCCCAAGCCUGGUGGCUUCCAACAUUGGGAAGAAUGCCACUGAGUGCCACUGUUUCUACCCCAUGGAAGACAUCGCUUUUGGCAGCACUUGGCAGGAGGUGGUGUUGGGUCUUCAGUUCCUUCUUCCCUUCAGCCUCAUCCUGUUCUGCAACAUCCGCAUCCUUAAGAUACUCCAACAGCGGCUCCGGGACCAAGACAAACAGCCCAAGCUCCAGAGGUCUAUGGCAUUAGUCACUACAGUGGUGGUGCUCUUUGGGGUUUGCUUUCUGCCCAGCUUUCUGACUAGGAUACUCAUGGCCAUCCUCCAAAGGUCAGAAAGCUGCCGGACUCUUCAAGUGAUGGUCCAUGCCUGUGAUGUCACCAACAGCCUCACCUAUCUCAACAGUGUCCUCAACCCAGUGGUAUACUGUUUUUCAAAUCCAGUGUUCAGAUAUUCAUAUAGGAAAGCCUUUAAUACAAUAAGAGGAAGAAGGAAGGAAUCACAGCCUCAAGGUUUUGAUCUCAAAGAUUCCUGUUACAGUGAAUAAUAGAGCACUGGACUUCGAGUCAGGAGGACUUGGGUUUGAAUCCUAUCUCACAUAUUGACUGACUUCUGUGCUUCAGUUUCCUCACUUAUUAAAAUGGGAUAAGAGCUCUACCUCCCAGAUUGGUUGUGAAGAAACAGUUUAACAAGGUAUUUCAAGCAUUUCGUGAACCUUAAAACUUUACAUAAACGUGAGCUACGAUUAUUAAUGAAGAUGAUUGGGGGCUCCUGCUGAGAUCUCUCUGCACAAAUCAGAACAAAGACCUAUGCCUGGCCCUGUCCAUGUGAAGCCAAAGAGGGAAUGCUUACUGAAUUCUGAAUUACAAGAGUGGUUAGAACCUGAGGGAUGUCAAACAAAAGUCUGAGGGUGGAAGGAAUCCACCAAAGCAGAUUUUUAUUUCAAAAGCCCUUCCUGGGUCAGAUCCAUGUGUGCAUGUACUGUGUUGCCCCAAGCAGAUGGCAGCAUUAAAAGGGAAGGAAAUUUGUGAAAUUCUAUGAACAGAACACCCUAACACGAAAAGGCAAAAGGGAAUCCCAUACCUCUAACUACAUACUCAGAAAAGCAAUCUUCUCAAAACCCGACUUGAAAAUCAGAUAUGUUCUUCCUAUUUUGCUGCUGAGAUAUGUCAAAUGCUGCUUCAUCUUGGGACCUAACGUAUCCAACAGUGCCCAGGAUAAAGUGCCAACUGGCUAAGCUGUAUAUAUCCU